CAAUUUCAACCUAACCUAUAAAAAAUGUAAUCAAGUUUAUCAAUACAACAAAAAAAUGUGAAAUUUAUAUCCAAAUUAAUUAUCUUGUAACUUCACCUAAAAUUCAAAUUAAAAAUGCCAAAUAACAGAAGACUGCCUCGUAAUAUUCGUAAUGUAGAUCCAUCCAUGAUUCCAGGCUUUAUGGGGGAAAGCAGAUAUGCAUCUCUAGGGUCUAAACCACCCACUGUGCCCCCUUUAGAGCAACCCUCUGCACCGAAACACUAUCCUUCUCCAAAUAUACCUACAGAUGGAGAAUUUUUCUUCGAAUUCCUUAUGUUCUUUUUCAGUGCAGUGUGUACAGCUUUGCAAUUCAUACACCUUUAUCAUACAGUUUGGUGGAGACCAAAUUCUCAUAUAAGUCAAGCAGUGAACUUUUACCUAAUUGACUCAUACCUAGUUUCUUUUGUCAUCAUUCUUCUUUCAAGACGUUUAAUAUAUCUGAUUGGAACAAAAAUUAUUGACAUUUUGGCACCACCCAAGUACCAAAUCCUGGUGAAUUUUCUCUACAGAAUUUUUCUAGCUGUUACAUUAUUUGUACUCCUGGGACUGUGUACUUACUUUGUGGUCCAACACAAUUUAAUCAUGAACAUUUUCUAUUUGUAUUAUCCAAUAUCUGUUUAUUUUGUACUUUUUGGUUUCAAAAUAACUCCUUUUUUUGAGCUUGUUGAUUGUGAUGCUGAGACCUCACCACCUUUACAUGCUUGUACAUCGGUAGCGGGUGACAUAAGACAAGAAGUUGGAAAACUCAAAAGCAAUUUUAACAGUAGAUUGAAACAAAUAUUAUUCAGUUGUGUGCUCAAUGCUUAUUAUGCAGGCUUUGUACCAUGUUGUUUCGCUCCGAACUAUCUUCACUAUGACAUGUAUUGGGCAACUCAGCAUACAAUGUUUGUUCUAUUGAGCUGCCUUGUAGCUUAUUGUUGUCAUAUACUACAUCCUAGAUAUUGUGAUGUACUUCACAGAUCUGCACUCCACCUGGGUACUUGGAUCAAAGUUGAAACACGUAAUAUAAUGCCUGUUAAUAACAAAUGGAACGAGGAGACCCUUUAUCCUUAUGGAGCCUUAGUGAGGCACGGAAAAGACAUGUUCCGUGCCCAAGGGGAAUGCAAUUGCAGUGAACCAAGCAGUACCACAUAUCUGAGGUUUCAUGCUCUUUUCAAAAACCCAUCAGUGAUCCUGAAAUAUCUUCUUUUGGUUCAGGGUUUGAUGGUGUUAUGGCAGCUUUACCUUAUUUUUGUGACUGUAUUUUGGCAUAACAUUGUAUCCCUAGCGUUCAUAAUGUUUUUUAAUUACUAUUUCUUGUACAAAGUUUUGAGAAAUUAUAUUGUAUGCUCAAAUAUUUAUAAGGAAGAGAAAAUGACUCAUGAAAGAUCUCGUAAUAAGUAAAUUGUAUUUUGUAUAUUGUAUUUUCUAAUUAAACUGAAAAAAUAUA